AUGAAGCGCUUCUGGGGUCUUCGUGGACGCUGGCUCAACGCCGCUAUCUGGGCCUUGGCCAUGUUUGCGGUCAUGAUCUUUGGGUACAACCAAGCUGUGGCCGGUGGAGUGCUCACAACGGCAUCCUUCAACAGGGCGUUUCCCAAGAUGGACGUGAUUGACACGACGGGCGCGCAGAAGCAUUACAACUCCACCAUCCAAGGCACCGUUAUCGCUCUCUACACCUUGACUGGCACCUUUGGAGCCCUCGCCUGCACUUUUCUGGGCGAUGUCCUGGGACGGCGAGGCACCAUCUUUCUGGCCACCGCGGUCCAGAUGGUCGGCGCCAUCCUGAUGGCAACGUCGUUUUCCUUUGCGCAAUUCAUCGUGUCUCGCAUCGUCGUGGGCCUUGGGACCGGCGGUAUCAUCGCAACCGUGUCCGUUUGGCAAUCGGAGCUCUCCAAGGCAGAGAGUCGUGGCGAACACGUGUCGGCGUUUGGCAUAUUCUGCGGCCUGGGCCUGGCUCUCGCUCUGUGGAUCGACUUUGGUUUCUCCUACUACUCCGGAUCAGUGUCGUGGCGAUUCCCUUUUGCAUUUGAAGUCGUCCUCUCUGUCAUCGUCUUGACCUUCAUCUUCACCCUGCCCGAAUCUCCUCGCUGGCUGAUCAAGAUGAACCGUGUCGAGGAGGCGCGAGAGAUUAUCGGCUUGCUCUGGAACGUCGACGCCCACGAUGAGACGGUCCAGAAGGAGAUUCGCGAUAUUCAGGCGGCGCUGGAGCUCGCCGGGACGGUGUCUCUCAAGGCUUUGUUCAAGAUGGGACCUCAGCGGACAUUUCAUCGGGUCGUGCUGGCCGCGAGUGUGCAGAUCUUCCUCCAAAUGACUGGUGUCAACGCAAUCACAUACUACGCCUCGUCCAUCUACGAAUCCGACCUCCACUUUGACGCGACGGUCUCUCGGAUCCUUGCGGCGGCGUCACAAUUCGCCAUCAUCCUAGGCUCUUGCCUCUGCUCAUGGACAGUGGACCGGUUCGGGCGGCGGAAGCUGAUGCUGUUCAGCUCGAGCAGCAUGGCCGUGUGCAUGGCGUGCCUGACGGGGCUGGUGUCGAACCCGAACGACAGCGGCGCGCUCAAGGCGGCCGUCUUUUUCCUGUACCUGUACUACGUCGUGUACACGGUGGGCUUCCUGGGGAUCCCGUUCCUGUACGCGUCCGAGAUCGCGCCCGUGCACCUGCGCGCGGCGGUGUGCGGCAUCUCGACGGCCGUGUCGUGGCUGUUCAACUUCCUUGUCGCCGAGGUCACGCCCGUGGCCUUUACGGACAUCGGGUACCGCUACUUCAUCGUCUACGCGGCGCUCAACGCGCUCUUCGUGCCCAUCAUCUUCCUCUUCUUCCCCGAGACCGCGGGCCGCAGCCUCGAGGAGCUCGACGAGAUCUUCGCCGCCUCAAAAUCUAUUUGGGACCCCGUCCGCGUCGCUCGCAAAUUGCCCCGUCGCCCCCUCAACGAUUUCUUGCGUGACGAGCAGCAGCAGCAGCAGCAGCAGACUGUCAUCCAGGUCGGGCCCAAGGGGUCCUCCGCCGGCGAGGGCGAGGGCGAGGACCGGGGUGUCCAGCAUGUGGAGAAUCCGGAGAAGGGGGAGGUGUGA